AGUGGGAUCUCAGCGAUCCGAAAGCCGGUGGGUCGGACCAUGGGGGAGCCAUGGGCAGCUCGGGGCGCAGAAGGAGCGCCCACGCGGAUGCCACUGGUGCUCACCGCACUGUGGGUCGCCGUCGUGGUCCUGGAGCUGGCCUACGUGAUGGUGCUGGGGCCUGGGCCACCCCCUCUGGGACCACUGGCCCGGGCCUUGCAACUGGCGCUGGCUGCUUAUCAGCUGCUUAAUCUGCUGGGCAACGUGGGGCUCUUCCUGCGCUCGGAUCCCAGCAUUCGGGGGGUGAUGCUGGCUGGCCGCGGCCUGGGCCAGGGCUGGGCUUACUGUUACCAGUGCCAAAGCCAGGUGCCACCACGUAGUGGGCACUGCUCUGCCUGCCGUGUGUGUAUCCUACGUCGUGACCAUCACUGUCGCCUAUUGGGCCGGUGCGUGGGCUUCCAUAACUACCGGCCCUUCCUGUGCCUCCUGCUUCAUGCUGCUGGUGUCCUGCUCCAUAUCUCAGUGCUGCUAAGCCCUGCCCUGUCAGCCUUGCUGCAGGCCCACUCAGCCCUCUACACGGUGGCUCUCCUGCUGUUGCCUUGGCUCAUGCUACUCACAGGCAAAGUGUCUCUGGCCCAGUUCGUCCUGGCAUUUGUGGUGGACACAUGUGUGGCAGGCGCACUGCUGUGUGCUGCUGGGCUGCUCUUCCAUGGGAUGCUGCUGCUUCGGGGCCAGACCACCUGGGAGUGGGCUCGGGGUCGUCACUCCUAUGACCUGGGCACCUGCCACAACCUGCAGGCAGCCCUGGGGCCUCGCUGGGCCCUAGUCUGGUUCUGGCCUUUUCUAGCCUCUCCUUUGCCUGGAGAUGGGAUCACUUUCCAGACUCCAACUGAUGUGGGUCUUGUGACUUCCUGAAUCCAGGUAGAGCCAGAACUGAACAGGGCAGAAGGGAGCAGAGGAAUGAACUGAGAACUUGUUUUGAGUUUCCUGCCAGCCACAGGAGGGAGGCCAGAUUGCCCCUUCAUGUGUAGUGGGCAGCUCCAGCUCCUUUGCACCUGCCCAGCGUGGGCUCUUCCAUCUCUAUAGUUGGCCCUUUUGCCAGAGGAGGGUCUGGCAAGAGGGCUACUUGGCCCGACUGCUCUUCUAUAGGCUAGUAAAUGCCCACCUGUUCUUGGCCUCGCCCAUCUUUGCUGGGUUUCUAUCCCCCACUUUGUUGUUUUGGCUGUUUUCCAGUUCCCACGUCUGGCCUGGAGACUAUAGAAGGUCUGAGUGCCCAAUGGGCCAGGGCUCUGCCUCCUCUGGCUCUGGCAGGGUGUGGUGGGAUCCAGGAAGGGAGAAUCCUCACAUGCUCUGGAGAGUAGCACUCCAUAGAAACACGUCUGCAGCAGCAGUUGGAGGAAGCUCUUGUAGCUCACCUGAAUGUGGGGCCACAGUUAGGGUCUUUGUUCUGGAAGAAACAGAAAAGCCCUGCUAGACCAUAGGACAAGAUUGUGGGAUAGAAAUGUAGACCUUACUGGCCUCAAACUCAAGGAAAUCCACCGGCUUCUCCUUUCUGAGUGCUGGGAUUAAAGACAUUUGCCACCAUGACUGGCCUAAGAGGUUACAUUUGAAUCCAGGUCUUUGAAUCUGCUUUACUUUUGCACAGCUUAAGUGAGAAAGGGAACAUCAGGGCCAAAAUAACUAGCUUCCACACGUUCCAGAGUUUGUGAAGGGUGAUUUUAAUGUGUGUGUGUGUGUGUGUGUGUGUGUGUGUGUGUGUGUGCGCAAGAGGAGAGAGAAAGAGAGAGAGAGAGAGAGAGAGAGAGAGAGAGAGAGAGAGAGAGAGAGAAUGGUUGUGUGCAUGUAUGGGCAUGUAUAUAUGGGUGCCCAUGGUGACCAGAAGAGUGCAUAUUGAGAUGUGUCCAAAUUACUGCAUGUAGUGGUUUGGUACUCUUUUUCUCUUCCGCAUGGAGAGCUGAAUAUACCAUAACCAAACAUUUCCUAUUUUCUUCCACUGGUCAUUUUUCUACCUGCCCCCCAUUCCAUGCACACUCCCCCCACUUAGUAGGAAUCUCCCCCUAGGAGCCCUUGCUCUUCCAUACCCAUCUGAGAAUCAGCUCUUCAGAUUUCACCAAUGAAAGCCCACCUUGAAAUAUUAAGUGGAACCCAAUGGACUGUGUGUUAUCUUGGAAAAAAUCAGCAUUUAUGUUGAGAUUCAACUUUUCAGGCCAUGAACAUGGUUUAUCUUCUCAAUGAAUAUUUUUAUUUUUUGAGACAGGGUCUCACUUUGUAGCUUUGUAGCUAUGGUUAGCCUAGAAAUUACUAUUUAAACCAGGCUAAACUCAAACUCAGAGAUUUACCUGCCUCUGCCUCCCAAGCGCUGGGAUUAAAAGUGUGCACCACCAUGCCAGCUUUAAAUAUUUUCAAUAAAGCUUUUUUUUUUCUGAC